UACUACGCAAUCAUGGCUGCAAAAACAACGCUUCUGAAACGCUGCAUUGUUGCACAAUCUCACAGCAGACAUACGGCAAGUCUGAUAUUCCUACAUGGAUCAGGCGAUACCGGUGAGGGGGUAAGAGCAUGGGUUAAAGAUGUUUUGGGAACUGGAAAAGACCUGGUUUUCCCUCAUGUCAGGAUUACAUACCCAUCAGCCCCAGCCAGGCCAUACACAGCCAUGAAGUCCCACAUGUCAACAGUGUGGUUUGAUCGAAAGAGAAUUGAUAACAAGUCUCCUGAAGAUGAUGACUCUAUAAUGACAUCAGCUGAACUCCUUGGAGAACUUAUCAACUCUGAAGUCAGGGAAGGUAUCCCAAAACAUCGGAUCAUUGUCGGUGGAUUUUCUAUGGGUGGUACAAUGGCAUUACAUCUAGGCUAUCGUUUACACAGGGACUUAGCAGGAGUGUUUGCAUUCUCAUCCUUUUUGAAUGAAAAUUCUUAUGUAUACCAGAAAUUAAAGGAAAAUCCUGGAAUUUCUCCACCUCUUCUACAGUGUCAUGGAACAGAAGAUCCUCUCGUCUUGCCAGCAUGGGGAAAAGCUACCCAAAAAGAACUGAAAAAACUUGGAGUCUCGUGCCAAUACCACGUUUUCAAGCACAUGUUUCAUGAAAUGAAUAAAGAGGAAAUUUUGUUGCUGAAGGAUUUUAUUGAAAAAUAUUUACCGGAAUAA